UUUAACAGCACAAAACUUGCCGGAUUGCUUUUCAGUCUCAAGCCCAGAGGACGAAAGCCGAAGACAAAGUUUAAAGGGCCUAGAAGACCGAAGACCAGGUAUUUCAGAAAAAGUGGGGCUUUGCUAGAAUGUCAACGAACCAAGAAAAUCGGCAGUACCCCUUUCUCUGAAGAGUGCCUGGGUCUGUAGGAACUGCACAGACUUGUCUGAGGGACUCUACCAAACCAUCUGCAUCUCACAGCUCCAGACUUGAGCCUGGCUGGGACUCUCUCAUGUGGAUCUAAGGGAAUGCUUUACUAUGGCUGCUGUUGUCCGACAGAACGACCUGGUGUUUGAAUUUGCAAGCAACGUCAUGGAGGAUGAACAGCAGCUUGGCGAUCCUGCCAUAUUUCCUGCUGUCAUUGUGGAACAUGUUCCUGGUGCUGAUAUUCUCAAUAGUUAUGCCGGUCUGGCCUGUGUGGAAGAGCCGAAUGAUAUGAUUACUGAAAGCUCAUUGGAUGUUGCUGAAGAAGAAAUCAUAGACGAUGACGAUGAUGACAUCACGCUUACAGUUGAGGCUUCUUGUCAUAAUGGAGAUGAAACAAUUGAGACCAUUGAGGCUGCUGAGGCACUCCUCAAUAUGGAUUCUCCUGACCCUAUCUUGGAUGAAAAACGAAUAAAUAAUAAUAUAUUUAGUUCCCCUGAAGAUGACAUUGUUGCCCCAAUCACCCAUGUGUCCGUCACGUUAGAUGGGAUUCCUGAAGUGAUGGAAACUCAGCAAGUGCAGGAUAUGAAUGCAGAUUCCCCAGGAGCUUCAUCCCCAGAACAACCUAAAAGGAAGAAAGGAAGAAAAACAAAACCAACACGACCAGAUUCCCCAGCCACUACACCAAAUAUAUCAGUGAAAAAGAAAAAUAAAGAUGGGAAGGGAAACACAAUUUACCUUUGGGAGUUUUUACUGGCUCUGCUUCAGGACAAAGCUACCUGUCCUAAAUACAUCAAAUGGACACAGCGAGAAAAAGGCAUUUUUAAACUGGUCGAUUCUAAAGCAGUGUCCCGAUUGUGGGGGAAGCACAAAAACAAACCUGACAUGAACUAUGAGACCAUGGGAAGAGCACUCAGGUACUAUUACCAAAGAGGUAUUCUUGCAAAAGUGGAAGGCCAGCGCUUGGUCUAUCAGUUUAAAGAAAUGCCAAAAGAUCUAAUAUACAUAGAUGAUGAGGAUCCAAGUUCCAGCAUAGAGUCAACAGAUCCGUCCUUAUCUUCAACAACCACAUCAAGUCGGAAUCAAGCAAACCGAUCAAGAGUAUCUUCUUCAAGUCCAGGAAUAAAAGGAGGGGCCACUACAGUUCUAAAAUCAGGGAAUUCUAAAGCUACAAAACCCAAAGAUCCUGUGGAAGCUGGACAGCCAUCAGAAGUUUUGAGGACAGUGCAACCCUCACAGGCCCCCUAUCCUACCCAGCUCUUCCGGACUGUUCAUGUAGUACAGCCAGUACAAGGUGUCCCAGAAGGAGAAGCAACCAUAACCAGCACCAUGCAGGAAGAAACAGCACAUCCUUCCAUUCAGAGUAUUAGGACGAUACAGGCUUCAACCCAGGUUCCAGUAGUUGUGUCUCCUGGCAACCAGCAGUUGCAUACAGUAACGCUGCAGACAGUGCCACUCACAACGGUGAUAGCCAGCACUGACCCAUCAUCAGGGGCCGGCUCACAGAAAUUCAUCCUACAAGCCAUUCCAUCAUCACAGCCCAUGACAGUACUGAAAGACAAUGUCAUGCUACAGCCACAGAAGCCAGGCUCUCCUCCUUCAAUUGUCUUCAGUCCCACCCAUGUACAGCAGGUUCUUACAAGCAAUGUUCAGUCCAUUUGCAACGGAGCUGUCAGCAUGGAUUCAUCUCCAUCCUUCAGUGCUACUACACCCGUGGUGACCUUUUCCCGAAGUUCACAACUUGUUGCACACCCACCUGGCACUGUGAUCACAUCUGUUAUCAAAACUCAGGAAACAAAAACUCUUAAACAGGAAGCAGAGACAAAGGUUGAAGACCAUUUGAAUGAAGACACUGAGGAAACGGAACAGCAGCCACAGCCUUACGUGAUGGUGGUAUCCAGUUCAAAUGGGUUUCCCUCUCAGGUAGCCAUCAAACAGAAUGAGCUGGUAGAGCCCAACUCUUUUUAAUUAACACACCAAAGGAGUUAUGGGUGGUUAUUUUUUUAAUUGAACUCAUUGUUUGGUCUGAAAACAAACUGAUUUUUUCCCCCUAAGAUAAAGCUACAGAAGUUCAUAAUUUUGUAAUUGUUAAAAAGUUACUUUUGACUUUUCUGAUGAGGAGAAAAACCCCAGUGUUUCUCUUCUUUAUAUGUUUCAGAACUCAGUUGUGAAGGAGCAGGAAUUUUAUACUAUGAAGUUCUUGAGAUUUUUUUUUUCAGUUGCUAUAUCAUAAGUGUUUUUAAAGUUUCUUUUCUAACUUGACACUGUAUUAGCCUCCUGAAUUGUUUGUAAAUACUACUUAAAUAUAAGUCAACAGGAAAUUUAUAUAGGAAGUAUUUUCAUUCCACUUGUAUAAUUUAAGUCUUGAUUCAGAUGCAAGAAACUUAUUUUAUACUAUUAAAAUUAUGGUGUCACUUAGCUUGACUUUAGUUGGCUGCACUGUUUAAAAAUGUUAAGCCCAGUGUGUUGGCACAUGCAAUCCCAGCACUUGGGAGGUGGACAAAGGGCAUCAGGAGUUCAAGGCCUGCUUUUGCUACAUAGUGAGUUUGAAGCCAGCCUGGGCUACAUGAAACCUUUCAAAAACAAAACAAAACAAAAAACAAAACAAGAAAAACCCAAAAGCAAAAGAAAGCAACAACAAAAUGAUUUAAGUGUGCCUUGCUAUGUCUGAACCUUCAUGUCAGAGAUGUGACAGCAUAAAGGCAGCCUGAGUAGCACUCCCACAAGCUCAGUGUGUAACCCAGGGCAGGCCACUGCAUCUGCUAGUCUUUGCCAUUCUGGUAAAAAGAAGGGAUGCUCUGGACUAGACUAAAUGGUCUCUAAGUUCCCUUAUCAUAAAUUUUAUGAUUUUUAGUAUCUGUACUUUAAAGUUAUUUAGAAUAUUACCAGAAUAUUUCCUAGUGUAAAUAUAGGUAAAAUACUGUAUAAAAUGUUUUCCUCACAAAAUUAUUCUUCUGCAUAAGAUUUGCCAUCAACUCUUAAGUUCUUUGUUCAUUAAUUCCUAGACCACCGUGUAUUAUGGCUUAUUAGUUAGUAAACUUACGUGCUGAGUGCUCAAUGACAGACUGCUGUUCUGAGAGUCAGGGCUUCAAAGGGCCAAGGGAGUAACCUGAGUCCUGAGCUAGUAAUGGAGUCAGUUAUUACAAAAGCACAAUUGCUUUUUAUUUGGAUAAUUUUUUUACUGUGGGUAAAGGGGGAAGGAAAUUGCAUACAAAGAUAACAUAUAUCCAAGUUUCUGAAGUAGAGUUCUUAGAUUACUUUUUCAACUGUAAAUAAUGUACAUUUAAUGUCGCAAGAAAUUGUUUUUCUGCAAAUUUUCUAGUAUAGAAAUUUUUGUAGAGGAAAAAAAUCAUUAUGGUUAGAGGGCUAUAUUAUAUGUUUUCAUAUUAUAAAAUGAAUUUGUAUUUAAACAAAAAUUUAAAUUUUGGAAUCCUCUAAGCAUUUUUGUAUCUUUAAUUGUUUAUUAUUAAAUCAUGUAAAAAUUCUCAAUA